UACCCUGUUUUGCCUCCGACGUGUUUAGGAACCUUACUUGUUGUUCCGGGCCCGACCUCACAGUAGCAAAUAUGGCAGCAGAGGGAGACGUUGAUUUGGACCUAGAAGCCGAGGAAAACUGCACUGGGAAACCAGCGGAAAAGCCUCGGAAACAUGACAGCGGAGCCGCUGAUUUGGAGAGGGUCACGGACUACGCGGAGGAGAAGGAAAUUUCCAGCUCGGAUUUAGAAACGGCUAUGUCAGUGAUUGGAGACAGAAGGUCGCGAGAACAGAAAGCCAAGCAGGAGAGAGAGAAGGAGUUGGCCAAAGUCACCAUCAAAAAGGAGGACGUAGAGCUGAUUAUGUCAGAGAUGGAGAUUUCCAGGGCUGUGGCAGAGCGCAGUCUGAGGGAACACAUGGGGAACGUGGUGGAGGCUCUGGUGGCUUUGACCAACUGAACAGCAUUUACACACUGGACUGCUUCACUUUGUCUUUUAACCAGAGCUCCUCAGCAGGGAGACACUGAACUCUGUGGUCACUAGUGAAAUCUUUAACCCAAAUCCUGUUUUUUUUAAAUAAAUGUUGACAGUUUG